AUGCCGGCGCCAGCAUCCCUCGCAAGAUCCGCCAUCAUCCCUCAACUCAACCACGUCCGUCGUCAAAGCACAAACACCGACCCUCCGCCAAAGUCUCCCGCUGCCACUCCUGUACAACGAUCUCGUGUCCUCCGUUUCCUCUGGCGAGGCUUCACCUUGCUCGGUGUCUUUGUCGUCAUUUCUGGUGUCCUGGUCGUCGCCUUCUUCGCUUUCGAUGCAACCACAUACAAGGAAAACGCCGAUACCGUCGAUAUCUCUGUCUCUGAACUUGCUCUGAACCCUAGAAGAGGCGGCCCCAAGAACCUGCCCAUCGCUGAACACCUUCUUGACGACGAUGAAUCGCCCGAGAAGAAGGCUCAGAAGCACAAGCCCAAGCUCGUCAUUCUCGGUACUGGUUGGGGUAGUGUUGCUCUUCUCAAGCAGCUCAACCCUGAUGACUACCACGUCACUGUUGUCUCUCCGUCCAACUACUUUCUGUUCACUCCCAUGCUUCCCUCUGCCACUGUUGGUACUCUGGAAUUGAGAUCGCUUGUCGAGCCUGUCCGUAGAAUUAUUUCUCGCGUCAAGGGUCAUUUCCUCAAGGCUACCGCUGAAGAUGUCGACUUCUCCAACAAGCUCGUCGAAGUCUCCGCAAUCAACCCCGAUGGCUCCAAACAAAACUUCUACCUCCCCUAUGACAAGCUCAUCAUCGGUGUUGGCUCCAUGACUAACCCUCACGGUGUCAAGGGUCUCGAAUACUGCAACUUCCUCAAGGAUAUCACCGAUGCUCGUCUGAUCCGCAACCAAAUCGUCCGCAACCUCGAAGCCGCUUCCCUACCUUCCACACCCGACGAGGAAAGACGUCGUCUGCUCUCAUUCGUCGUCUGCGGAGGCGGUCCCACUGGUGUUGAGUUCGCUGCCGAGUUGUUCGACAUGCUCAACGAAGAUCUGUGCAACUACUACCCUCGCAUUCUGAGAAACGAAAUCUCCGUCCACGUCAUCCAAAGCAGAGGUCACAUUCUCAACACCUACGACGAGACCCUCUCCAAAUACGCCGAAGCUCGCUUUGCAAAAGACGCUGUUGAUAUCUUGACCAACUCGCGUGUCAAGGAGGUGCAAAAGGACAAGAUUCUCUUCACUCAAAAGGAUGAAAACGGCAAGACUGUGACCAAGGAAAUUCCCAUGGGUUUCUGCUUGUGGUCUACUGGUGUUGCUCAGACCGAAUUCUCCAAGAAGUUGGCUGAAAAGCUUGGUGAAAACCAGACCAACCGUCACGCUCUUGAGACAGAUACCCACCUUCGUCUUGUUGGUGCUCCUCUUGGUGAUGUCUAUGCCAUUGGUGACUGCUCGACUGUCCAGAACAACGUCUCGGAUCACAUUGUAUCAUUCCUGCGUACCGUUGCUUGGGAGAAGGGCAAGGACCCCGAGAAGAUGCUUAUCGGUUACGGUGACUGGAGAGGUGUCGCCAAGCGUGUCAAGCAACGUUUCCCUCAAGCUGCCGAGCACUUGAAGCGUCUGGACAAGCUUUUCGAACAGUACGACAAGGACAAGAGUGGAACUCUGGAUUUCAGCGAACUUCAGGAGCUCCUUAAGCAGAUUGACGGCAAGAUGACAUCGCUGCCUGCCACCGCACAGCGUGCCAACCAGCAGGGUAUCUAUCUAGGUCGCAAGCUCAACAAACUUUCGCAAGCUGCACCUGGUAUGGAGCUCAACCAACUCGACUAUGGUGAUAUCGACGAUGCCGUCUACAAGACUUUCUCAUACACCAACAUGGGCAGUCUGGCUUACGUUGGCAAUGCUGCCAUUUUCGACUUUGGCGGCAUGAACUUUGCUGGUGGAUUGGUAGCAGUCUACCUGUGGCGUGCCGUUUACUUUUCACAAAGUGUCAGUCUCCGUACUAGAAUUCUUCUUGCCAUGGAUUGGACCAAGAGAGCGCUUUUCGGAAGAGGUAAGCAAAUGAUGAAACUUCAGAGACGUAAGAAUAAUGUACUAACGAGCAAAACAGAUCUUAUGAACUUCUAG